AUGCGAUUGCUUAAUACAUCUUCUAUUACCUUGGAAGAAUUCCAAGGUUCACCCCCUGAGUAUGCGAUAUUAUCCCAUACUUGGCUCGACGGAGAAGUAACACUACAAGACCUCACUCUGGAUAAAGGCCGAACUAAGGCUGGCUGGGAUAAGAUUCUAAAUUGCUGUCGAAAGUGCUUAAAGGAUGGAUGGAAAUAUGUUUGGAUCGAUACCUGCUGCAUCGACAAAACUAGCAGCACCGAGCUAUCGGAAGCUAUCAACUCCAUGUUCGCAUGGUACCAACGUGCGGCCGUCUGCUACGCCUUCUUAAGUGAUGUCUGGAGAGUCCGCAAAGGCGACGAGCUGGAAACACUUGCUAGGUCACGUUGGUUUACUCGAGGUUGGACGCUGCAAGAACUUCUAGCGCCCUUGUAUCUCGUAUUUAUAGACAGCAGCUGGCGGGAAAUCGGCUCGCGGUCGUUCCUUUCCUCGACGAUUGAGACGAUCACGGGAAUCUCUGCAUAUCAGAUGGCCCAUUUUAGAGGCUGCAGUAUUGCUACCAAGAUGUCCUGGGCCGCAGGUCGACAGACCACUCGUAUCGAAGACGAAGCUUACUGUCUACUCGGUUUAUUUGGCAUAAAUAUGCCUUUGCUAUACGGCGAAGAAGAAAAAGCGUUCAUACGUCUUCAGCAGGAGAUUUUGAGAGUCUCAGAUGACGAAACGAUUUUUGCGUGGCGAGGUAAGUUAGUACGCCGAAGAGUAGCAUCCCCUAGCCAGGUAACUUAA